AUGACUUCCAGGAUAUCAGGUACGGAUAGAGGGAUUUUGUGUUAUUGUGGACUACCGUCUUCGUUGCUAACGUUACGUAAGGAGCAUAGCUUUGGGAGGCAGUUCUAUGGUUGUGUCAGAGGUGUUUCAGCUCGUUGUAGUUUCUUCCGGUGGGCUGAUAGUCCCACAUAUUACACUGCUAGCAGUCAUGCCAGCAGUCAUUUCUACUGGUACUCGUUAGGAUGUGAGAACUUGCGAAGUGCUGAAACAGUGUUAGCAGUUCCUGACGAAACCAGAUAUUUUCAGCCGCCGAACUGGAAAUCGGUGGAGAUGCGUUCUCACCUUCUUCCAACACCUAUUUGCUCCUUGAUCAACUUUUUCCUACUAUUGUUAUUAAUCUCCUCUUUCAAUCCAUCAGCUCUUUCUGCUUCUCGUCGCGCUAUCUCCGAAGAUGAGAUCAGGAACAGGAAGAACGCCUGCUACGUUGAUAUCGAAAGUGGGCUAUGGGGUUGGAAAUGCAGAACUUCGGUUACUGAGAAGGAAAACUGUGCGCUACGAUGCCUUUCUUCGGCAUGUUAUCAGCUGAUCUACGAAAGCGAUCCCCUGGAGGAAGGGGAGAGAGAUGACAACCGCAGCCACGAGUACAAGUACUGUUUACACAGGGAAUCAUUAGGAGAGAGCUUGGAAGGUGUGAAGGGGGUAUAUGACUAGGUAGACUGCUUAAUUGCUUGCUUCCUUUACUGUCUGUCAAGGCUCAAGGCCGGUGCUACAUGUAAUUUACAAUAACUUGAGUUUCUGUAAAAUCUCUAUAGUUUGGCUUGAUGCUGCCUCCAUUCUGAUCUCGACAAUGCCCAGAUGGGGGAGUACAUGAGCCACUUUUAAAUCGUUUUGGUGGGUGAAUUCUUGAUUUACUUGCAAAUCGAGUAAAAUGGAUAUUUCUUUAUUUUUUUAACAAAUCAACUGCAAAAUAAUAUUUUGCAA